AUGAGAGAGUGCAUUUCGAUCCAUAUUGGCCAGGCCGGUAUCCAAGUCGGCAAUGCCUGUUGGGAGCUUUACUGCCUUGAACAUGGAAUUCAGCCUGAUGGGCAAAUGCCGGGAGACAAAACCGUUGGAGGCGGAGAUGAUGCCUUCAACACCUUCUUCAGUGAAACUGGUGCUGGAAAACACGUCCCGAGGGCUGUGUUUGUAGAUCUGGAGCCUACUGUGAUCGAUGAGGUUCGCACUGGAGCUUAUCGCCAACUCUUCCACCCGGAACAGCUUAUCAGCGGGAAGGAGGAUGCUGCCAAUAACUUUGCCAGAGGACACUACACCAUUGGCAAGGAAAUUGUUGAUCUGUGUCUUGACAGGAUCCGGAAGCUUGCUGAUAACUGCACUGGGCUUCAAGGGUUCUUGGUAUUCCAUGCUGUUGGUGGUGGUACCGGAUCUGGGCUUGGAUCACUGUUGCUUGAAAGGCUUUCAGUUGACUAUGGUUGUUUUUAUUGGUGGUUGCUGUGGAUCACCGUUGCUGUGGUUUGCUGUUGA